CUGGGUUUUUGGAAAAAAAUUGCACACAAGUCUACAAGGAAGAAGGAAAAUGAUAAUAAUAUUGAAGAUAUUUAUGACUCUUCAGUUUAUAAAGAAUCUGAACAUUUACUUGCACCUCCAAAGUGUAGCUUGACUUGGUACACAGAUGGUGUCAGUAUAUUUGAAUGCAGCUCUUACUCGCUUUGGCCUUUUAUUUUUGUAAUAAAUGAACUGCCUCCUGAAUAAAGGUACAAACCAGAGAACAUAAUAAUUGGUGCUUUUUAGGGAGAUUCAGAUAAGCCCCACCCCAAUAUGUUUUUGUUACCCUUAUUUACAGAAAUGGUUCAUCUGAAAGAAGGUUUUCCUGUUCGUUUGCACAAUUCUGAAAAUGAAACCACUGUUAAAGUAUAUUUGUUAUUUGGUUGUGUUGAUAGUCCAGCCAAGGCUUCUUUCAUGAAUAUUAAGUGUCAUGCAGGGUAUUGCUCUUGUACUAAAUGUUUGAUUGUAGGAGAAAAGUCUCCACGCACUGAUAAUGUCAUGGUUUUUCUAUAUGAGGAAAACGUAACACGGCGGUCUGAUGCUAACUAUUUAGAAUCUGUUAUGGAAGCUGUUCGAACAAAAAAGGAAUCUAAAGGUGUUUUAGGGCCAUCUAUAUUGGCUUACAUGACACACAGCAGUUUUAUUCAGUCUGUGUCUAUUGACAGUAUGCACGCUUUGGCCAUUGGGGUCACCAAACAAUUACUUAGACUUUGGUUUGACUCAAAAUACAAGGAUAAGCCUUUUUCACUCUACCAACAUGCUGGCAGAGUGAACGCUAUGUUAACUAAUUUACAACUUCCUCAUUUUGUGCAGAGGUUGCCGGAGGAUGUAACAAAGCUUGCCUUCUGGAAAGCUUCUCUUGCCAGAAAUUUUCUGUUUUACAUUGCGCCAGUUAUUAUGAGAUCUGUAAUGAAGCCAGAAUACUUUGAGAAUUUUUUGUUACUGGUUAAUGGAUCUUCUCUUUUGCAUAAAUCUAGCUUAUCAGAUGCAGAUUUGGAUUUAUCAGAUGAAAGACUUAACAGUUUCUGCAAGGGGUUUGAGCAUUUGUAUGGCGUAAGGUACAUGUCAAGUAAUAUUCAUAGUUUGUUGCAUCUCUCUGAAACUGUGAGGGAAACCGGUAAUUUGUGUUUGACAAAUUGUUUUGACCUUGAGGGUUUAAAUGGUCAGAUGGUAGCCCUUGUCCAUGGCACUCUGCAUGCUGUGCAAGAAAUUUAUCAGAACAUGAGGGUAUUGGCAGUUAUGCCCUCACUCAUUCCUAAUGUCAAAAGUGAUGCUGUGAAAUUAUUUUAUUUGAAGGUUACAAAGCAAAGAAAGUACCUAAAUAUCACUGGUAAAGUUGGUGAACGUACUUAUGUUGUUGGGGAGAUGGACACAAUCACCAAACAUUUUGCUAAAAUACACAAUCUGCUUACUGUAUUGUUUCCUGCUCCUGUUGAGUUCAGGACCUUCCCACGUUUGUAUCAUGGAAAAUUCUUGUUUGUCAGUUCAACCUAUGAUUCAGGUAGUAGAGUGUCUUCAUUUUGUGCAUACACCUCUCCCACUGGAAUAAGCCAUGGUGUAAUACUAACUUUCCUCAAAACAGUCACUGACCCAGCACAGUACUUUGCUCUUGUGUCUAAAUCGGACGAUCUUACUGUAAACAUUGAAAGAUUUGUAAAAUUUAAAUGUGAGGAAAACUAUGAUCUGAUAGAUGUUAGUAGGUUGAAGUGUGUUUCGUUUGGUCUCCAUGUACAAGAGGACAUUUUCCUUGUACACUGUGUGAAAAAACCACAGUAA